GAUCGUCAAGCGUCCCUCGAUUUGGUCCCCUCAUUAUCGAUUUCAAACAACCGAGGGUGCUUGCUGAUCUCCACUGCUGGCAAAUCGCAACGGUUGCCUUUUUGGGUGAAAUUAAGGACACGUGAACUCGUGACGUUGUCUUUAAAUGGGCUCAGGUAGCCCUGUUUUGGUCUCGGUCCAUCCAACAACGCUGCACCAUAACCAUGACCCUCCAGCACUCAAUCUCGCUCCUCCAAUCCUGGACGCAGUCACUUUGGGCUCAGCUCCCUGAGCCCGUGCGAGCUGCCAUAAAUGCAUAUCCGAUCAUUCCUCUGGCCCUCAACUCGUUGCUCGCGAUCUUUGUCUUGCGGUAUCUCAACCGCGCCCUCACAUAUUGGUCACUGGGGAACUGCUCCGCGAAGAAAUGGAACAAAGACCGCGAGCUUGUCCUCAUCACCGGUGGUAGCAGUGGCAUCGGCCAGCACGUCGUCCUCCAACUAGCCGAGCGAGGCGUGAGGUGUAUCGUUCUGGACAUCCAAGCGCCGACAUAUACACUGCGUACAUGCUCUUUUGCCCUUUGUCCAAUUCUGGCUUCCCCAGCUAACGCCACUGCAGCCAAAUCCGCCCACUUCUACAAGACGGAUAUCACCUCCACCGAGGCGCUCCAUGCCACGGCCGAGCGGGUCCGCGCCGACCACGGCCACCCGACGGUUCUCGUCAACAACGCCGGCGUGGGCCACGACGGCACCAUUCUCAAUGAACCCGAGAGCAAGAUCCGUCAGACCUUCGAGGUCAACACGCUGUCGCAUUUCCUGACGGUGCGCGAGUUCCUGCCGGCCAUGCUGGAGCGUAACCACGGGCAUGUGAUCACGGUGGCGAGCAUGGCGAGCUUUGUCACGUUGGGUGAGAUGGUCGACUACUGCUGCUCCAAGGCCAGUGCUCUGGCGUUCCAUGAGGGAUUGGGGCAGGAGAUCCGGUACUGGUAUCAGAAGCCUGGGGUGAAGACGAGUGUGAUUCAUCCGUAUUGGGUCCGCACGCCCAUGAUUCAGCAGUUGACGGAGGCGGGAGAUCUGUUCAAGCCACCGGUUUUGACGGUGGAGCGCGUGGCCACGGCGAUUACCCGCCAGGUGGUGUCGGGCAAGAGUGGGCAGGUCAUUCUCCCUGAGGCUUACUCGGUCGCUAGUAUGUUGAGGGCAUUCCCGACCUGGUUGCAGGAGCAUGUCCGAGGAGCGGCUUCAAAGGAUAUUCUACGACUUCGACAGAUGCAGAAGUGAAGAGAUUGCUGGUCAAUUGUUGUUUGGGGAGGAAGGUCACCUGAUACAGGAAUCGAUUCUCGCUGCAUAUAAGCUGGUUGCUCCUGAUGCUUGACUUGAUUUAACUUAAUUGUCAUUGAUAACA